UAAGAAACUAGUAUAAAUAAGUAGACAUAUAUGUAGGCGCCAUUGUCAUCCUGGGUUGGUAAACUGCACAAAAUAGUCUACUUGAUUCUAAGACGUAUGUGUCCCAAUAAAGAACAGUUCUUUUAUUAUUUUUCUUUUGAUCAUUGAAAAUCUAAGAAGUAAGAAGGCCCCAAUUCCUGUCCGUUCCGAUAAUAUUCCAUUUAAGAACAUGACUUGUUCCUAUUGUUUGUCGAUUGUAGAAUUUUUCACAUCACUUGUCCUACCUGACCUAUUUUGAUUUGUUUUGAGGUGGAGCUGGACAAGGUAUAGGUAUGGUCCUCGACAUGAUCUGUUUCUCAUUCUUGAUUUGUAGUUGUACACUUUAUAUCAAUGUAUCCAGUGUUUUUCGUUUACAUUCCAUACCCGUAUGGGUUGACCUGCGUCCCAAAACAACAUACCUGUUAUAAACGCGCUGCUACGGAUCGGGAAAUCGCCGGAAUCGAUAAAGGAAGAAUACGAAAGCGAGAAUCGAAAAACACAGAUACACGAUUUACAUGGUUCACUAACACGAUGUGUGUUAGCUACGUCAACGGGCGAGAGAGAGCCAGUUUCACUAUAUCGAGGAGAUUACAGAUUACAGAGGAGUAUGAGAAGUAUUUAUAGUACUUCUCCAUGUGGGUCUAAACCUAAUCCAAUCUGGCAAAAGAAAAGGUUACAGACCAGGCCCAGAACCCGAACCCAAAUAACAUUGAGCCCAUACACCGUGGGCCGGACCGUUGCCCCUGGACCCCACUCACUGACCAAGCAGCGAGACCCCCGAUUACCAGUCGUAACGGCUAAUAGUCCCAUUCAAGAUCCUUGGCCAAGCAUCUUGGACCCACCUUGCCACAGAAAGAGUAUGGGGUAUUGAGAUACCUCUGACCCGAUCUGCUUAGCUACCCAUCAUCAUUCCUAAUCGACAGUACAUAGAAACCUCUUGUGAAUUAGUCUAAAAUAUUGGCACAUGUGACUUUUUUUUAACGAUAUAUUAAACUACGAUUUCAACACAAAAUACUUGCGCGCGACGGAUGAAAUUGAGGUACAUACAUCGACGGUAACGAUAAGCGUACAGAGAUCGAGGGGCACGUCUUCCCCUAGCUUAAGGGUAACUCGGAGGGAGCUAGAGAGCAGUUGAACCGAAGUAGUUGGGAUUUAGUUGCAGCUUAAUUGAGCCCACAAAUUAAACCCCUUCUUCUUCUUCAUUCCCUUCCCCCCGCCUUCUCUCUCUAUCUUUCCUUUUCGGUUUGUGUCCCAAAUCUGCCCCCACCUUCCUUUCACCUUCCUCCCCUCCGCCACUUUUCCCUUUCCAUAUAUAUAAAUACUCAUUUCCACACCUUCCUCUCUUCCCCUCCACCGCAAAAUGGAAGAACGGCAACGUCAAGAACCACCGCCGUCGGACACCUCACCUCUUGAACUUCACCCUCCUCCUCCUCCCGCGCUGCUAUACGCUCCCAACAACCCGUCACUGCUUCAGCUUCCUGCAGGCUACGACGCCGCCGUUGCACCGCAUGCUCUUCCGGAGAUCGACUGGGUCAGUCUUCUCUCUGGCGGCGGCGGCGGACUUCAGGGGCUACUCGCCACCGGCGAUCUUUACGAUUAUAGGGCUCAGCAAGCGGCGGCGGCAACGGGAGGUGGUGGAUUAAUGAUGGAAAGGAAUACAACUAGUGGGUGUAAUAACAACGGAGAGAACGCGAGGAAUGGUGGCGGUGAUCCCCAUCAUCGUCGAAGCGGUGGGUCGAGGAAAUCGGCGGCGAGGCCGAGGUUCGCUUUCCAGACCAGGAGCGCCGACGACAUUCUCGACGACGGAUACCGCUGGAGGAAGUACGGGCAGAAGGCCGUCAAAAACAGCGCCUAUCCUAGGAGUUACUACAGGUGCACGCACCACACAUGCAACGUGAAGAAGCAAGUGCAGAGGCUGUCAAAGGACACCAGCAUCGUGGUGACAACCUACGAGGGAAUCCACAACCAUCCUUGCGAGAAGCUCAUGGAAACCCUAACCCCUCUCCUCAAACAGAUGCAGUUCCUCGCCGCCGCCGCCGCCGCCGGCAGGUUCUAGCUGGAGAUCAGCGCGCUGGACCUCCGCUUAUUUUUAAUUACAAUUAAUGUCUGUCUCCCCUAAACCCAGAAUUACAAUUAACUACUUAUAUAUACACACACUUCACAAUUACACUUUUAUGGCUGGUCACCUGCUCUAGUGGUGAUGGUGUUGGUGAUACAUGUAUAGUAUAUGCAUAUGUUUCCUCAAUCGAUCUCCAACGUUAAUUAUGAAAAUCGAAGUUACAAAUUCUUCUCUGUCAGCUGCUCGAUGGAGGUUCAUUUUCUACAAAUCAUUUGAACAUCAAUUAGUAUACAAAGAAGAAUAUGGUUCCCUAAGAGAGUUGCGGGCGGUUAUUUUUGUUCCUGUAUAAUCUGAAUUACCGUAAGUUAGAUAGUUAAGAUAAUAAUAAUUACAGAUUGGU